AUGUCUGCACCAUCUACACCCCGCUCGACGCGCACCGCGUCACCGCCAGGCGACUCGCCGGCGGUGCUUACACCAGGACAAAAGAUCAAGGCCAUGAUGGCUCAAUUCGAUAGUGAUUCGGAAUCAGAGAAUGAGAAUAAGUCGAAAACACAACGGCCGAUCGCGAGACCGAACUUUACGGAUAACACAUCGAGUAGCGAACCGACUCAACCACAAGAGGCAGAGAACGCGGAUUCGGACGAGGACGAGGGAGAUGAUGAUAUUGUCAUGCCUAGGGGGCGAAUGGCUGCGAGAUUACAGGCCCAGGGAGAAGAUGGGGACAACAAUGAGUCGGAGACGGCUUACGAUCGGGUAAAGAGGACUCUAGGGGAACAAAAAAAGGGGACUCAAGAUGAUGAUGACGAGGAUGACCUUCCUAUGACUGGGCCAAGGAGGCGACAAGCGAAUAAACAGAACAACUUUGACGAUGAGGAAUCGGAUCGAUCGCCAUCUCCCGCACGCUCGUUUUCUCCGUUAUUCAUGUCCUCCCCUGAAACGCAACGACAUGCACCGCGCGAAGAAAAUGGAUCAGACGGAUUAGACGAGGAACCACAACCGAAGAACAACGGCCGACUGCAGGCACUCAUCGCCCAAAAACGCAAGGAACGAGAGGACCGUGAACGAGUCGAAGCCGAGAAGAAAGCCGCCCGCGCAAAACAAAACGAACAAUUUAGCUCCGAUGUCCUUUCCGGAGAAGACAGUGGCGACGAUAACGAGCGUCAUUCCGCGAAGAAAUUGUCGCAGCAGGCUCGUCCGUCACGCAAAGCCAGCAAGAAGGCUCUCGAAGAGAUGAAUCGCGAGACCCAGCGGAUGAGCAGGAAUAUGCAAUUGGCGCAUCAGGCGCAGACGAAGAAGAAGAUUACAAAGGAGAGUUUCUUUGCUAGGUUUAACUUUGGACAGCCUAAGACAGACAAUGCAGGACCAUCGGCGGGAAAUUCGUCGACGACAGCUUCGCAAAACUCGUCGGAUGGGGAAGUACAAAAGGAGCGGGAGACACCGCGUACCUCGCCUGUUAUGGGCCCUGCUGAUAAGCCAGUCGGUCCUCAGACUGCAGGUGACAAGGGAAAAGAAGCGGAGACUGAGGAUAUGGAGUUCACCAUGCCUCCUCUCGAGGAAGUCCUUGCCGGAACGCAUCUACAGCACGAAGAACCAACCGUUGCACGAGCUGAAGUCCAGACGGAAGAGCCACGCCAAAAGACAUCAGGACCAAAACAUGAGCACAAAACACUCAAGAAACCACCUGUUCGAGUCCAGCUCUCUCGACAAUCGGUAGCCGAACACCAGCAGGAGGACUCCGACGACGACCUUGAGGUUGUCACGUCUCCCGCUAAAUGCCGCCGAAUUGCAGCCUUUGAAAACAUCAAGACCAAGAGAUCAGAGGAAUCCGCUUCCAUGUUGAAAUUGAAGGCUUUGGCUCAUCUCACUUGUCCUGACCGUCAAGCGACAUCAACGAAUUUCGCGCAGUUGUCGGCUGAUUUGCUAGCUCAGGCUAGAAGACAGACUGCCGACGAAAGAAAGCAGAGAAUUGACGAGCUUCGGGCUAAGGGUGUUUUUAUUGAGACCGCCGAGGAACGACAAGCGAUGGAGGAUGAAGUUGAGAACCUCGUGGAGAAGGCCCGGCAAGAAGCUGAUGACAUCAAGAAGCAAGAGCGCAAGGAAAAGAAGCAAGGCCAGGGCAACGAUGACGAUGAGAGUGAUGAGGCAGAUUAUGAACCUUCUGGUUCUGAGGAUGAGGAAGGCGAAGGUAAUGGUGAUGAGGAAGAGGAAGAGGACGAAGAAGAAACAGAAGCCCAGAAUGACGAGAACAUGAUUGAUGCUGAAGCCGGGGAGGAUGAUGAAUCGGCAGACGAGCAAAGCGAAGCCAUGUCUGCCGACGAAGCUGAUGUACCGGCUACGCGAAGAAAGCGGCCUACUCGAGUGAUCGAAGAUGAGGAUGAUGAAGACGAACAGCAGCCUGAACCUCAAGCACCAGCAACCCCGGUCAACCCAAUCACCCCGAACAAGGGCUCUGUAGCGCGGCCCAAAUUCCCUGGCUUGGAGGACUCUGCUGGCUUAACCAUGGGUCUGACCCAGGCUUUUGCGGGCACAUUGGCUGGAAGUGGACAAGACACUCAGCCGAACACCCCCAGUGUCAUUCCAUCACUCCCAGACCCUGUCGCCGGUGCCGAACCGUCCGAUUCUCAGAUCCUCGUGAAAGACAGCCAGGGACAACGAGAAGAGACCGGCGACAUCUUCGCCGGAUAUGCUCCGUCUGAGGGUGGUGUAUCUGAAUCGCCAGCCCCCAGAGCAAUGUCCGAAUUCUCGGUGCCUGAACCAACGCAAGAUGCCGGCUUCGUGUAUUCGCCUUAUGACCCUUCGAAACGGUUCCGGCCUCCCCCGUCAACGAUCGAAACGGUAAUCAUCGAUCGAAACGAAACACCAGAUUCUCCUGUUGCUAGCAGGAAGAACAAGCACCUGCGUCGCGGCCGAGCUGAUGAUAACCAAGGAACGGAAAAGCAAAGUAAAGGCGACUUCGAAAUCGACUCCAAUGCAUUUGACGUUAUGAGGAAGGCGACUAAGAAGAAGAACAUCAUCCCAUUCAACAAGCAAAAGAGCAAAGCCAAGGAUGUUGUCGAGGACGCAGCCGAGGAAUCCGAGGAUGAAUAUGCCGGUCUCGGUGGUGGUAGUGAUGACAGCGACGGUGAACAAGACGCGUAUGAUCAAUCAAUGAUCAACGAUAACAGCGGGGAGGUUGUGGAUGAGAAGCUGUUGGCUAGGCUCAAUGCUGCUCGUCACAGGGACGACGACGCAAAGCAAGUGGAAAAGCUCAUGAGGGAUAUUACCACUGGUGCUCUUCGACGGCGCAGAGGAGCCGAUGAUGAUCUUGAUCUCGAUGACCCCGAAGACGAGCUCCUCGCCCGUCGUCGUGAGAAACAACGAGAAUUCGCCCGGAUGCGAAGAGCCCUUCUUGCCGACGAGAAGGUGAAUGAAAUCGCCGAGAACCCCAAGAAGGCAGCCUUCUUCAAAGCCAUUGAGGACCGCGACGAGGAAGAGGAUGUCGAUCUGGAGUUCCUGGAAUACGAGAACGCGGGUGGUUCUCAGGAACAGUCUUCGCAGGACGUGGCACCAGAAGCGCAGAAAGACCCUGCAGCACCGGAAACCGAAAACAACGACAACAAGAGAAAGCGACCCCUUGAGCCCUCCGCAGAAGACAUCGCCAACCGUCCCCCACCUCAUCUCCGUCGCAAGCCCGCCAGCCAUAUGUCCAAGAAACCCGCCACCCUCGCAGAGAUCCGCGAAACGGUCUCCUUCCUCACAGAAACCCACGAAUACGAUUCCUUCCACGAAGACGCUGCCAUCGACGAGGAGGGCGACCACGACGAACAAAUGGCAGAAGCCGAGACACCAGCAGCAGAAGAACCCAAAGAAGACUUAGUCCCUCGCAACCACAACCACAACCACCCCCGCCGCACACGAGGCCCCGUCGUCGACCGCCUCGCCCUCCUCCGACAAGCCUCCUCCAACUCCGCCCAAUCCUCCUCCGCAAACACCCGCUUCGCCUUCCACGCAGGCGCCGGCAACGACACAGCUGCGAACAUCGGCUUCAGACCUCCGCUUCGCAAGAACUCAGCAAACUCUUCGUCAUCGGGCAGCGUGUCUUCUGGAUCUUCUGACUCGCGGAAGACCAUGAAGGCGCCUGCUGGAGUGUCGACGGCGAAGAAGGGCGCUGUUAAUUAUUAUACGGCUGCUAGGGAGAAGGAGCGUGAGCGGGCGAUUCGGGCUAAGGAACGGUCUAGUGGGUCAAAUGUUGCGGCGUUGCUCAAUAAACAUGCUUCGAAUCAGCGUGGUUUGGGGGCUUUGGGGAAGGGGCAGUGGGAGUGA